GAACUCGCGGUUGUUCAAACAUCGGGCCCUCUCCAGGGGCAGGCUGCUCAUUAACCCGGCCCCGGCCCCCACUAUAUGAGGCUGCCCCUCUUGGAGGGGCCCUCCACUUUGUGCUGAUCUUCCCCCAGUCGUCCCCGUCUCCCGGUGAAGAGGAACCCCACGGACAUGGCCUUCAGCGGAGCGUGGCAGGUGUACGCCCAGGAGAACUACGAGGAGUUCCUCAGGGCCAUGGGUCUGACCGAUGACAUCAUCAAGAUCGCCAAGGACAUCAAGCCGGUGACGGAGAUCCAGCAGAGUGGGAACGACUUCGUCAUUACCUCCAAGACGCCCGGGAAGUCCAUCACCAACUCCUUCACCAUCGGCAAGGAGGCGGAAAUCACCACCAUGGACGGCAAGAAGAUCAAGUGCACAGUCACCAUGGACCAGGGCAAGAUGGUCUGCAACACCGGCAAGUUCUGCCACGUGCAAGAGCUGAAGGGAGGGGAGAUGAUCGAGACUCUGACCAUGGGAUCCACCACCCUGGUCCGGAAGAGCAGGAAGAUGUGAACUCAGCUAUGUAAAUAAAAGCCAUUGCCUCCCAAAA